UGUUUCUACCACCACCUUCAUAUCUGUGUCCCCCAACUUGACAAUCUUUCACUUCCAACUUCUAAACAGUAAACCCUUCUUAGUUACUUCCUAUGAAGUCCUAGAUCGUUACCACCACCGACACCCACAAAAAUGUCCGCCUUUUUUAAGGAUCAGCUCUCUCGUAAAACCUCAAUUUUCGGCUUAAAAUUCUGGGUUGUUCUCGGAAUUCUCUUAGGAGCCACCAUUGUCAUCAUCAUCUUCUUCAUCUCACUCUUUUUCACCUUCAAACGCAAAAAAUCCUUCGAAAAAACCAUCACAGUCCACCAAAAACCCAAAAUCCCCACCAUACCCGACGAAAUUCAACCAACCCUCGUCGACCCGACCCGACCCAAUACACUACAAACCAGCAACCCGAACCCGUUAACCCAAACGGGAACUGAAUCGGGCUCUUUAGCUAUAGUUAGAAGUGAAGUAACUGAAGAUGAUGGUAAUAGUGUAAACGGGUAUGAGAAGAUCCAGAUAGAGAUCGGGAAGGGGCACCGGGUUUUGUACCCGGAAAGGGGUGGAGGCGGGUCGUCUUAUGGAAGCGGGUCGGGUGACCAGCUGGCGGUUAUGUCGGUGCAACCCGAAGUGUCUCAUUUGGGUUGGGGUCAUUGGUACACUUUGAGAGAGCUUGAGGUUGCUACGAAUGGGUUUUCAGAUGAGAAUGUGAUUGGUGAAGGUGGUUAUGGGAUUGUUUAUUCUGGUGUUCUGGCUGAUAAUACUAUGGUUGCUGUUAAAAAUUUGCUUAAUAACAGAGGACAAGCUGAGAAGGAGUUUAAAGUUGAAGUGGAAGCGAUUGGGCGUGUUCGUCACAAGAAUUUAGUGAGGCUGCUUGGGUAUUGUGCUGAAGGGGCUCAAAGAAUCCUUGUUUAUGAGUAUGUAAACAAUGGGAACUUAGAGCAAUGGCUUCAUGGAGAUGUUGGACCGAUUAGUCCUCUUACGUGGGAGAUUCGAAUGAACAUUGUGCUUGGAACGGCUAAAGGGUUGACGUAUCUGCACGAAGGACUCGAGCCCAAAGUUGUUCACCGAGAUAUUAAAUCAAGCAAUAUAUUACUUAAUAGACAAUGGCACCCUAAAGUUUCUGAUUUCGGCUUAGCCAAACUUUUGGGCUCGGAGAAGAGCUAUGUCACCACUCGAGUUAUGGGAACAUUUGGAUAUGUUGCUCCCGAAUAUGCUAGUACGGGCAUGUUGAAUGAAAGAAGUGAUGUUUACAGCUUCGGGAUUCUUAUAAUGGAGAUUAUUAGCGGUAGAAACCCUGUAGAUUAUAGUCGGCCUCCGGAUGAGGUGAAUCUUGUAGAUUGGCUUAAAACGAUGGUAACAAACAGGAACGCGGAGGGGGUUUUGGAUCCUAAACUACCGGAAAAACCAUCUUCAAGAGCUUUGAAGCGGGCCCUACUAGUAGCAUUACGCUGCGUGGAUCCGAGUGCUCAAAAGAGGCCUAAAAUGGGUCAUGUGAUUCAUAUGCUUGAAGCCGAUGAUUUUCCGUUCAGAGAUGAACAUAGAGGGAAUCGGGAAAUGGAUAGGGAGCGGUUGAUGGAGAAGAGAUACGUCGAGUCUGGUGACAGUAGCGGUUAUGAGAGCAGUAGGGCCGGUCAACGGGACGUCUAAUUAGCGUUUUGAUUAGGAAGCUUGGUUAUGUAGAUAUUGUGGUUCAUUCUUUCAAUUUGUGUAAUUUAUCCGUUUUAAGUUCUACUAGCUCGUAGUGCCAAUUUGCGAGUUUUAUGGUUUUCCGCUUGUGUUUGUUAGAUCAUCGUGGACGAAAAAUGAGAACUAAAGUAGGCCCUGUUUUAUUAGUUAUUUUUUUUUUCAUA